AUGCAAAACAUCACUAUUUUCCUGUUCACCCUUGCAGCGUUGUGUUUGUAUUGCGAGUCCAAAUAUUUUGAGUCACGAUGCGAUCUUGUCGAAGAAUUGAGAAAGCAAGAGUUCCCAGAAGACAAAAUGAGAGAUUGGGUUUGUUUGAUUGAAAAGCAGAGCGAAAGAAAGACACACAAGAUAGGUUCAGGCAAGGACGGCUCCAAGGAUUACGGUCUGUUCCAGAUCAACGACAAAUACUGGUGUAGCAACACCGGUAUACCUGGAAGAGACUGCAACGUCACCUGUGUUGAUUUACUGUCGGACGACAUAACAAAGGCAGCAACAUGCGCUAAGCUGAUCUUUGAGCGGCAUAAUUUCCUGGCAUGGUACGGCUGGCGGAACUCCUGUCUCGGGCAUACACUCCCUGACAUUAGCAAUUGUUAG